AUGAUUGAAACCACGCAGUAUGGGUUCGUCGUCAUCGGCCUUGGAGCAUUCCAUGCGGUGGCCAACGCAAGUGGCGGAAUGCUCCUGCACACAAGCACGGAUCCAUCCAGGCUGCGCACUCGGCUGGUGCCUCUGCUGGCCAUCCAUCGCGUCGUGCGAUGUCUUGCCAUGUGCGACGCGUCGCCGACGAUACCCUUGUUUCAAGGCCAGUGUGUUUUGACCCUCACGGUAAUCGCGCACCACUUUUACAAACUCCGUCUAGUUGCUUCCGCCGUUGUUCCAACCAACGACAUUGACGAACCAGGCUAUGCGCUCGCUCGACCGCAACGGACUGCCGGAGGUGGCAUGAACUGCGUUGUGUUUCAAUCUAGCAUGUCCAACCAGCUCGUGUUUGCAUUCCGAGGUACCGCCAGCAAACAAAACGUGAAAACUGACUUGGAAAUCUCGCCCUCGCGUCCGUUUCGUGGCGGCCACAUCAGUCAGUAUCACCACCAUCCUCAGCAUCCCGCCAGCUCCAUUGGUUCUGCAGUUCGUUGA